AUGUUAGCUGAACUGAAUAGUAAUCCCGAUGAAAUUUAUAGCGUAAAACUCUUAAAAAAGAGUGAAAUCAGAGACAAAGAAGAUAUAGAACAUAUUAUGAUGGAAAAGAACGUUUUAAUCCUUGCAACAGAACAUCCUUUUUUAAUUCAACUAAUAGGAUGUUUUCACACCGACUCUCAUGUAGGAUUCAUUAUGGAAUAUAUGAGUGGCGGUGAUUUGCAAUACCAUUAUGAUAAACUUUCUCCAUAUCCGCUCGGAGAACUGUGGGCACGUUUCUAUGCAGCAGAAGUGACACUUGGACUUCAGUUUCUGCAUAAACAUCACAUUAUACACCGUGACUUAAAAAUGGACAAUAUAUUGAUAGACCGUUUAGGUCACUGCAAGAUUGCGGACUUCGGAAUGUGUAAACUUGGAAAUCGAAAAUGUCCAUCGUUACCAUACUGGGGGGCGCCUGAAUACGCUCCCCCAGAGAUCUUUAAUCAAAAGUCGUAUAAUGCUGGUGUUGAUUGGUGGGCAUUGGGUGUAAUCAUGCACACUUUGAUACUUGGAAAAUUACCUUUUGUAGUUACAAACAUGUAUAAUAAAUCCAACUUACAAAUCUUUAAUGAGUUAAAAGACAUUAUUUUAUACAAGGAGUUAAAAAUGGAUACAUGGAUUUCUUCAGAAGCAACAGCCAUCAUAAAAGCCUUCUUGACAAAAAAACCUAAUUUGAGGUUAGGCUGUGUCACAGCCGAAGGUGGUGAAAAUGCAAUAAAGGCCCAGCCAUUCUUCAAAAAUCUCAAUUGGGAAGCACUCGAAGCACGUCAAAUAACACCUCCAUUUAUACCUAUAGUGAAUGAAAAAGAAGCCUUAAAUUUUGAAAAAUAUUAUACAAAACAGGAUCCUACAUUAACGCCUCCAUGUUUAAUGCUAACUAGAUGGCGCAUCUAUGAAGAACAGUUUCGUGAUUUCUCCGAAAUAAAUAGAGACGUCAAUUCAUUCAGGUAA